AGUUGAUUCAGAGGCUGGUAUCGGAUCUGUGUACGAUAUCAUGGAGAUGGAGGACGACAGGCGAACAGCGCUUUUGCAAAUGACCCAGGCGCAGAUGCAAGACGUUGUUACGUUCGUCAACUCGUACCCUACGCUCGAUGUCACGCACGAGCUUGUCAGCGGGGACUACACAGCGGGUGCUCCGAUAAUCCUCCAAGUCGCUCUCGCCCGGGACGUCGACGAAGAUGACGAAGAAGGCGACCAGACAGUAAUUGCACCAUUCUACUUAGGGAAGAAGAUGGCGAACUGGUGGCUGGUUGGCGAGCCUUCAACACGACAGCUAUUGGUCAUUAAGGGGGUGACGGUGACGAGAAACCUGGCCGUCCAGCUGGAGUUCACGCUGCCAAAGGGCAAGCAUUCGUUGAAGUUAUAUGUGAUAUGCGACUCGUAUGUAGGGGCGGAUCAUGAUAUCGGAUUGGACGAUAUCGAAGUUGCGGAGGGUGAAGAAUCUGACAGUGAUGAGGACAAUAAUGAUGAUGCUAUGGAGGUGUGAUUUUUGUAUUUUGAUAGAGCUAUCUUUUUUAUCUGUAGUAACUGUAUUGUAGUCGAUGAACGAUUUGUGAAUCUGCUACGGUAGGAAA